CUUCAAAGUCUUCAUUGUCUGGAUGCGUAGGCCAUGCCUCAAUGGACACGCAUUGGCUGAUGUCUACCACUUUGUCAGGCCCUCACCAGAUACAUUAUUGGUUCCCAAUCAUCCAUCCGAUCACACUCCAAACUAAAAUCUCGACAAAUCCAAGGGCCAGCACCGCGCCUGGUUUAUCAAGAAAACCUCUAUAGAUAAGAAGAGGGCAUACCAGUGGCAGCCUGAUCUCUUCAAGCUGCAACAAUGGCUGAAGAAGUGAAGCUGUUUGGCAUGUGGGCAAGCCCUUUUAGCCGCAGAAUUGAAGUGGCCCUCAAGCUGAAAGGGAUUCAGUAUGAGUAUAUAGAAGAGGACUUGUCCAACAAGAGUCCUUCGCUUCUCAAGUAUAACCCAGUCCAUAAGAAAAUCCCUGUGCUUUUGCAUAAGGGAAAGCCAGUUGCAGAGUCACUUGUAAUCCUGGAGUACAUUGAUGAGACCUGGAAACACAACCCCAUCUUGCCUGCAGACCCUUAUGAGAGGGCCAUGGCACGGUUCUGGGCUAAGUUCUUAGAUGAGAAGCUCUGGCCGGCAGCAAAAAAGGUUGCGUUGAGUAAGGGAGAGGAGCAUAAUGGACUGAUUGAAGAAAUCCAGGAGCAUCUGAAAACUCUAGAGAGUGAGCUGAAAGAGAAGAAAUUCUUUGGAGGGGAGAGUUUGGGAUUUGUAGACAUAGCUGCAGACAUUAUAUUUUGGCUGCUUGUUGUCCAAGAAACUCUGGGACUCGAUAUCCUAACCGAAGAUAAGUUUCCCGGAUUGCAUGAAUGGUAUCAUAGGCUUCUUGAUGAUGCUGUUUUCAAGGAAUGUGUGUCAAUGGAGCGACUUCUUGCCUCUUUCAAAGUUCGGUUUGGAGCCUUGACUGCUUCCAAAUGAAGAGCGGGUUUAUUUGUGGAUGACUUCAUGGGAGAGGAAUCUUUCUUCUUGCACAUGUAUUUCAUAGUUAUGCAUUAUGAAGUAUUGUAAUGAACCUUGUCCUGUUUGUGGGAAUGAGAACUUAAAAAUAAGUUUGGAGAAGUAUUGCUCCAAAUGGCCUUAGGAAGAAGACUCAAACAUUGCCUCCUAAUUAAUAGGAAUUGAAUAUCCUAUGUUCAUCUACCUCUUGGUUAGAUUGAAUAAAGAUUUGGAUAUAGAAAUCCUUAUGACUGA